UCAGUUACCAAUCGCUCGUAUACCAAGGACCAAUGUGCCUGUAGAUCCCUCCAUGAUCAGUCCAAGUGGAGUCUGUGCUGGAGUGUACAUGGUAAUAUCAUGCUGUGUCCUCUAGACAUUUUCAAGAACAUGUGCUAAUGUUGUUUGAUUGAUAGCAGUCUAUGGAAGCAUUCUGUUUGUGCAUUUUAUGAAGGAUGGUUUAGAGCAGGAAUACAGAAUUUGGACUACAUUAGACAGGUGCCGAACAACCAAGCAGAGAUUCAAGCCUGUACGUAUGUUCUAGCAGCAGGCCUGAGCAGGCCUGAGCAGCGUCUAGAUGAAUACUGAGAGUGAGACUCUGAGAGGUACUGGCACCAGAACUAAUUGACACACAGCAGGUGAACCAGCAAUACUGUACACCACAUAUUCCUGACGUACUACCAGAAACAGCUAUUAACAGGGGGGCUACAAACCAUCCACCGGUCCACCAAUCAGAGACAGGGAGCACCUGCUGGGUUAAAGCUGUGAGCAAAGCAUGCUGGGUAUGCAGAGAACGAAGGAUUUGACGCAAGGGACAGCAAUAGUGGAGACUUGACUGCUGCUCCUGAGGACUGCUACAGAGAUAGAAAUGUCAUCAUACUCAUAGAGUGUUCAAGGUUGCACCAUUAGUAGGACUCCUGUUAGCAGAGAGAGGACAGAUGAAAAGGCACCAAAGGGGGAAGAGACCUGUCGUGGAACACCUGUGACUUCACUGUCAUCUAGUUGUACCUACUGCUAAUGCUCCUGCCAGCAAGUGCAGCGAAGUCCAAUCAGUCUAGGACCUAUCACUGUGGACCUCUCAGGAAUCUUACAUCACUGCCAAGAUUGUAGCAUUGCCAGCAACUAGUCAGGCCAGCAGAUGGCAGGCUCAUGGGAUCUCAAUCGGUUGGAUUAGCGCCAGACGCUUCGUUAGCGCUGUCGUCAGAUGUCUGCAUCCUUCCUGGACACAAUAGCGUAAGAGAGGGAUCGGGCGAGAGACGUCAGAGCACACUUCCUCAGCACCAAACAAGACUAGGCCCGGAGGCUCAAUUAGAAGUCGGCUUCCUUUUUAGGGGAAUAAAAACAUGUUCAGCGUGGAUCGCAAUGUGCUUGGAGAUCUGACUUGGGGACAGGAUAAUUGUCUUGUCAUUGUGAUUUAAUGUGCUUUGGAAGAGACUAGUUUGGAAUAUUACAAUCAUGGCAGAGAAUAGGAAUACCACGAGGGUGAAGGACUGUGAGGGGUCUGGUGAGGGGUCUGGUGCCCCUCCAGGCUUGAGCCACAUCAAGGACUCUGAAGAAUGGGGCUCUAUUGCUGACUUGCUGAAAAGCAUUGAGAACACAAACAAGAGCCGUUGUGCCAAGGUGAAAUCCCCUCCCCCUCCUCAGCCUAGGAUGCCACCAUUGACUGAGAAUAUACAAAGUGCUGAGCUAGAAGGCAUGCCCAACCUACUGGAUUUACAGCGAGGUCAGGGCAUGCAACAACUUAAUCAUCUAUUGAGGCUUAUGGAUCAAAUGUGUGCCCUUAAGAUGCAGAACUCUAAGUUGAGAGAACAAGCUGAGUACCUUGCGGCUAUCAAAAACUUGCACGAACUGAGGAAUGAGACAAUGCGGCAGAACUGCCAUUGUGAGGCUCAGAGAAGGGCCUCAGACCUAAGCAGUAGCAGUGGAUCAAGGUUUGAACACACCCACGCAACGGGGGAAUCGCUGUCUGAACCGGAGAGCCAGGUCGGUGAGGACAUGGAUGGAGACAUCGCAGUGAGAGGCGAGAAGAGAGGGCGCUCUUCAAAGAGAGACGGUAAGAACAAAAGUAUCAAAAAGCGUAGUAGAUCUCUAGAUCCAUUUGGUGAUGAGGGAGAUAGCAAAGAGAGGAGCAAACAGGGUCUAUUCUCAAAGAUUGAGAAGAUGAAAGAGAAAUUAACCAAUCGUAGGGGUAGCGUCAAGCGCCGCUCCAACUCUAGAGGAGACGGAGCUAAGUCAGAUGACGAGGUAGAGGAAGGAAAGUCUGGUCCUCCAUUCCAUGUGGAUGGUUUGGAAACCAAGUCAGAGGAUAGUGGGAUUUAUCAUGUUGGUCCUGAUGAUUUAGCUGCUGCUGCAAGACUUGAAGCAUUCAUACAAAAGUCCACUGAUGAUAUAUCAGACAAUGAAGAUAUUUUCCAAGGCACUGUGCCACCCAGCUGGGCCAGGACAGCCGUGCUUGCGCAAACUCGUAGGAAGGGUAGUGAUCUAUCGACGGGUAGCUCAAAUGAAGACUACCUGGAAUCUAAACCGAAACGAACUUCACCAAGCGAAGAGCGCAAGUCCAAUCUGGCCUCCGGGGCACAGCAAGAGACAGAUGAGAUCUCAAUGAAGAGAUCACGAUUCCGUAGAACCGCUACUUGCCCAGACAAUGUAUCAUUUGAUGAGGUUGAUGGAGAUCGAUUGGGCGUGGCACGGUCGAUGGGACCGGUGGAGGAGAAGCUAAAGCAGAAGCGUCUCCUGCAGAGCCAUAGCUUAGACAUUGAGAUGACGGACGCUAGUGGUGUGUCAGAGAGGGAAUCGGGUCGGAUGUCAGGGUCAGAGUUCAAACAACCUCAGAAAAGGAAGUAUUUCAGGAAGAGUCAUACGGUGGAUUUUGACGAUCACUCCUCAUCGUCGGUAUCGAUAGAUGGAGCGUUCAAGGAUGUCAGGUCUCCUAAAGCUUCACCACCAGAAAAGAAGAAACAGCGAGGAUGGGAGAAAGUAAAGCAUGCUAUGAGCAAGAGGCAUUUAGCUGAAGUCAACAGACAGCGCUUGAUGACAUCAUCGACUGAGGAGAGUCCUCCUGUUGCUAAGCGACAGGAGAUGGCGGAAGAUGGAUACCUCACACCAGGAGAUUCUACCGAUGAUGGGAUCAGGAAUGUGCCUUCAAGGAGAGAUGGAAACAAGAAAUCACACUCUAGCAACAGAGAUUGCAGUUUUAAUGAGCAUGAUCCCCUUGCUCGCUCAUCCUCAAGUAAAAGUGAUCACUCCACGUCCAGCUUCAGCGAAGAAUUUGCACGAAAGUUACAAGAAUGGGAGAAAAUGAGACUAAGACCUACAGGUCACGCUCCAUUACAGAAGCAAGGAUCAGUGGAGAGUGGACCUGAUGCACCACCAUCCUGUCCUGUGGAUAUACAGUCAGAACUGAACAAAGGACUUACAGAAGAGUUCAGCAAGAAACUUGCAGAAUGGGAUAAGAUGAAGAAGUCUGGCUAUGGUGCCACCAGCCCCAAGGGUGAACCUAAGCAGAAGAAAAUCAACAAGGAGAAGAAGGACAGUACAAAGAACUCCAAGGAAAAGGAAAAGGAGAAGCAGAAGAAUAAAGAGUCUCCCGUAUUGACGAGGAGGAGCAAGUCCCCAGAAGCCAAACUGUCAAGGAACAUUGUAGUCAUUGAGGAUGCUGAUGGACAACUGAAACUAGAGGGUGCUUCGAAGGAAUUCUCCAAGCGCUUCCAGGAGUGGGAGAAGAUGAGAAGUCAGUCUUCCAUGAACACUUCGGACAGUGACUCUCCAACCCAGAGGGUACGGAAGCAAGGUUCUGAGGAUAGCAGUGAGCCAGGGCCUCAGAGAGAACGAGAGGUGUCUCCAAGAAGGAUGGACGACUCCUCAAAGACCACACCAUCAAAGACAGACAACGCUCAGGCUCAGAAGAAGGUAGGCGCAACGUCCCAUGAGGCAGGGUCCCAGUCAGAGUUCCCCGAUGACGGGAGGCCAGGGGAGGAUGCAGUCUUUGCGGAAGCCGAGGAACACAUCACCAAGCUGGAGGAGAAGAACACGUUCCUAGCAACGCAGCUCAAGAGGAAAGAUGUCAACCUCCAGGCUGUUCAAUCAGAGCUUGAGACAAUGCAACAUCAGCUGGAACAGAUAGGAGGCAGCAAGAGAGAUCUGUUAGAAAAGUGCCCCCACGUGUCUAAGUUUGAUCGUUUACAAAAGCGCACCAGUACGUGUUCCUCAAUCGGUGAGUCCCUCUUAGAGGAAGAACUUAACGACAUCAAAUCACAGGUCGAGAAGUUGGAAGAGCAGUUUCAGCUACGCAUUAAACCGUCCAAGAGGUCUUCACCACCAUCACGACCACAACCAUCAUCAUCAUCAUCACCAACGGCAUCAGCAUCGUCCUCAGCAUCAAAGGAUCAUAGCUCAGUGGGGAAGGUUUUGAGUCAGGAGGUCAUGACCCCUGAGGUCGCGACCUCUGACCCCAAGGAGCCUGCAGAGCCCAUGGAUGUUGUGGAUGCAUGCGUUUCAACAGAGCCGCUCAAAUUACCAGGGAGGACGGAAGCAGAGGUACAGACCAAGCAGAGCGCCCCCAACGAAGACUUGAAGCGUAGUCUGCAGGAGAGAGAAAACAUUAUCAAGCUACUUCAGACGGAGCUGGAGAGACAAUCACAUGAGAUAUCAUACCUCCGUAACCAAGGCAACACAUUCAAGAGAGCGAAGAGCUUCUCAGCUAGGGAUAGAACAUAUAAUCCCACCCACCGAGAAGCAUCCUUAGGAUGGAAUCCUGGUCUCCAGAGGCACAACGUCAAAGACUCAGCAUCAACCAUCUCCAUCUCAGAGUCAAACGAUUCCAGACAAGAUGGCGCCCCAUCCUUAGAAGCUCUUCAUAUCUCUGCUGAAGAUAUUAGUAUGGAGGUUGAUUCAGUCAAGAAGUCUGCUCAGAGCUCCAGGAAUACAUCAGGAUCAUCCACAAGUAGACAGAAUGCAUCCAGUACUAACAAGGAUUCAGACACCAAAUCGUACCCAGGAUUGUACGGACCAAUUGAAACAUCAGCCAGGAGAAGGCGAGGCAACGAUUACACUGAAGAGACUGCUGCUGGAAAAACUAAAGCUACCACACAACAGAAGAAGGAAGUUGAGAAAGAAGCAGAACAAGCAAAGGAUGAGUCUGUAGAUGAGGUUGUUGUAAGGAGAAGAGCUAGACGUGAAGCCAGGAGGAACGUGAGAUUAGGAAUCAACUCUGCCCAAGACAAACCGUCCAUUCCAGAAACCAAGGAAGAAGCCAAACCUGCUCAAACCAAAGCAAAAACUGAUAAGACAGUUUCCAAAUCAUCUGGUCUUAGCACUCAAGUCAAAGCUCAAGAUAAUGUUUCUGAGAGUCCACGUGUCCGUCGUCGACGUGACAGACAGAGUGGUCAUAGUACCCAAAGCCCAACUGAAGCACCUGUGGAACCAGCGCUCAAACUGCCAUUAUCUCCUAGGACUAAAGAUCGACAAGAGAGGGAGGUAUUCUCAGACACAACGAAUGACAGUGAGCAAGAGUCCAUCUCUUUGAGAUCCGAUACUGAUAUCAGGAGACGUUUUGAAAGUAUCUUGGCCCAUCGCCGCAGAGAGUCCUCAGACUCUGUCAGCAGCUCACGUAAAAGCUCUCCUUCAGGAAGGCUCUAUGACUCCAACUUCUCCAGGACAAGAACUAAUGGAGAUGUUCAGAAUCUGAGAAAGAAAUUUACAGGGAGCACACCUAAUGUUGCUCAAGCUGGUCCUGUGAAGCAGAAGAGCAAGUCACUCAAAUAUGAGAAGGAGAGGCCAAGAGAAGGUUCUGUCAAAGCAUUAAGCCAGACCUUUGGUUCUGGAGAUGAGAAGAAACCUGAUGGAAAUUCUAAUAAGUCCUCUCCUAGAAGUUUAUCACCAGCUUCUUCCAGUGGUUCUUUAUCAACUGGAAUUGCAGAUAAGAUCAAAAAGCUUAAAAACACAGAAGAGAAGCCUCUUGAAAGGCGGAAGUCUGCUGAUCUGAUCAAAGCUCGAGUGGCUCAAAUGGAGCAGACUAAGGAGACUUCUUCAGAGUCUUCUCAGAGAAAGUCCAUGCCUGCUAUCCGAGCAGUCAGGAGCAAGUUUGAAAAGAAUGGAAAACAGGACACUUCAUUGUCACCCACAAGGAAGGCUGCAGCAAAGAUCUCCUACACCGUCUCUGUGACUGAUAGUGACAAAGAGAAUUCUGAGUCAUCAAGAGCAGAUGAUAGGUCCUACAGACAGAAGUCUAAAUCCUCAAGACUAGUGGCAGUUGUAGAAACAUCAGACUCUAAGAAGAAGCCGGAUACCGUAACGUCGUUCACCGUCAACCCACAUGGGAGAAGACGGUAUGGGGCAAUGGCCGAUAACAAGAACAAUAGCAACAGUAAAACUGCAGAACCACAAGUCACAGAAGAUAUUGCACAACCAACAAAGACUGAACCACAGAAGAAGGAUGAUGCUAAGACUGUGACAACCAAGGAAGAAGUAGAGAACAAAGAGCCCAAGACAGCAAGUGGAAAACAGGAAGAAGAUGCCAAGGAAGGGCGUAGGAGAAGGCGUGAGAGACAUAAGGCUUCUGAGGCAAACAAGAAAGCACAAGAAACUUCCAAACCAGAACUUGCCAAGCCAGAACCAGAAAGACAAAGUUCAAAGAAGAAUGAAACAAAGACAGAAGAACCACCAAAGACAGCUAAGAAGGAAGAGAGCAAGCCUGAAAUCAAGGCAGAAGAACCACCAAAGAAAGCUGAGAAGGAGGAGAGCAAGCCUGAAGUCAAAGCUGAAAGUGGAAAGAAAGGAAGGAGAAGAAGGCGCGGAAAGGGUCAGUCAGUUGAUAUUCCUGAUGAGCCAAAGCCAAACACCCAGAACAAAUCAAAACUUGUAGCACAAGAGGAAAAAGAGAAGGAAAAGGAGAAGGUAGAGAAAGAAAAGGAAAAACCAGAAAAGAAAUAUGAAAAGAAGGAAGAUGUAACAAAGCCUUCAGAGAGGCACAUCCAGAAGAAAGAUAAGGAGUCCACCUUGACUGCUCUCAAAAGAAUGGUCAGCAAGAGAGAAGAGACCAGACCAGAGGUCAAGGUUCGAGACCCAACCAGGGCAAGGCUUGAGGCUGGGAAUAAAUCAAGCAGUAUAGACAGCAUAGAAGGCCAAGACUAUCCAGACCUAUUGGCUCAGACCAGGCUGCAUGAUAAGGACAAGGGGAACUCACAGGAUGAAGGGAACGGCAGGCGACGUCCUCGGUCCAUGGUAGCUGAAUCUGGUCUGAAGGGAGCUGCAGCAGCCUUUGGACAAGCUCUUCCAAAACCCACAGAGAAUGAAGAAAAAGAAAAGGAAAAAGACAAAGACAAGGAGAAAGAGAAAGAGAAGCCAAAGGAGGCAGAGGAAGACGAUCGACGUUCAAGGAAGGAGACCACCCGUAGAGGGCGUUUCCUCGCCAAAGCAGAUAAGUUUGAACUGUUCCGGAGAGCGAGGUCUGUAGGACCAGGAUCCAAGUCCAAAGACAGAUCCCCAAGUACAGAAAGGAAGUCCAAAGGAAUGAGAUCAAGCUCCAUUGAUAGGUCCAAGAUGAGGGCCAAGUCUCCUGAACUUGGGAAGAGCAAGAAGAAAGGCGGAUCCAUCGGAGGGUUCCUCAAGGCUUCCAACUCUGAAACUGAUGACGAAGAUGAUGACACAGAAGAUGACGACAGUGAAGAAUACGAUAGCGACGGUAGUUUUGAUGAUGAUGACGUCGAUGAUGAUGAUGAUGACGAUGUUGAUGACGACUUAUGGACCGAUAUGGAAGAAUGUUACAAGAUUCUUUUCAACUGCCAAAAUGUCCUCUCCAAGCUGCAUUGCAGAGAGAGACGGCACGCCCUCACUUGGCCAAUAUCGACCAUGCGGCAGGCAGCCUUGCUAAGCUGAUGUAGCCAGCCAUCAUCGAUCCAUUGUCAUCGACUUCCAUUUCAAUGUCCUACUCAUCAUCCCUGUCAACUUUGCAUGUUCUUAGCCUACCAAGCUUGCCACUUCUAUAGAUUUGCAUUAGAAUUUUAAGACUGCAUCUAUGUUCUGCAUGAACUCCUUGUUCAAAGAAAGAGUCUGAAGAAACUCCUGGAAACACAAGACUACACCAGCCUUGUUUGGGAUUCACCAUUGCUUGAUGAACAUGACCGGAAUCAUGUGACUAGCAUGUCACAUGACCUGUCAUGUGAUGAGGCAACAUCAGUGCUGAUGAAAUGGCUGUCGGCCCAUUUAGAAUCAUGCAGCUUUGGAAGGCACCUGACAUCACCGUUAUGUCUCAUGAUCAAGAAUCGGCACUAACGAUGAAAAUGACGAACAUGCCGGGAGUUCCUGCGCUAUACGAGGUCUGAUGCUGAUAAUGUUGACACAUCUUUUGACGUUUAUUUGAUUUAUGCACUGUACAUAAUCAAUACACAGAAUCAAUAGUUUUCUCAAGUCAUUUAUAGUGUUUGUAUUCAAGAAACAGAUCUUUUGAAGAAGAAAAAAGUUUGUAAAUGCUUGCUUGUCGCCACCAAAAAUGUUUUCAUUAUGAUUACCGGCCGGUAGGUUCUGUGAAUAGCACAAGGCAUCUGGUGCUGUAUAUGUUCACUAAAUGAUUUAGUUGCUAAGAGAACAGGGCAUCGUUUUGUGAAACCAUAAUUUUACAAGUUUGCCAAUAUCCCAUUGAAAUGCUUGUAUCAAAAGUAACAUGUGUUGGCAAACUUUUACAUACGAUGGUUUCAUGAUAUGAUCCAUGCCCAGACCUUUUAAGAUAAGGGUGUUUAUGGUGAUGAAGAAAGCACUGAUCAUGGUGACUUUAUGAUGGAGACCAAUUGAUCAGGGGCGUUGAACCCAGGUGCUGGAAGGGGAGGGGGUUGCUUGUAGCCCUACUAUUAUAAAAAGUUUGGCUUCAUAUAGUAUACAUUGAAUUCUACCAAUCAGUGUUUGCCCCCCCCCUCCCUCCUUCAAAAUGGUGGACCAAUGCCCCUGCAGUUGAUAUUGGGAUCUUGAUUGUGAAUAUGAGAUGGUUUGAUGAUGAUGGUGGUGAUGAUGAUGAUGGCUUCUUGUAGCACAGUAGUAUCUGCUUCUGCUGAUAUGUCGCAUAUCGUCAACUCCCCAUUUGACAUGGAAUUGCUUCAAAUGUAUUACCACAUGUAUGGUUAAAGAGUUGAAAUCAACAGAUACAGAAAGUAAUUUCUGACAUUUUAGUGUUUUAAUGUAUGCCAGUUGUACUGCCUUCACGCUGCUGGAAAAGGAAAGUCAUGAAUAUGGAAAACAAAGCCAUUGUUUUCUUAAGUAGAAAAUUUGAUCUAUUUUGAAGUAAAUUUGAGCUGUUUUUAGUGAGGUCUUCUCUUGACACCUCAUCUGCAGACGGUCAGAAAGGCUUUAAUCCAUGUAUGCUUUGAUGUUGGGUUAAUACCUUUCUGGCUUGUAGUAUAUGAUAUGCACAUACUCUUGUCAUCAUGAAAAUGUAAUCAUUGUAAUAUAAGUAUUUGAAAAAGUUAUGAAACUUUUGUAUAAAUCUGAUCUUAAUAAACUUGUUCCCUGUCAAAGCUUUUUGAAAUGUAACUGCUUCGUGAAGGGAUAUUUAAAUGUACAUACCAGAAAGAGUGUAUUUUGAAGAGAUUACUUUUAUCAAUGUAUUGGUGUUGAAUUAAUUGAAUUAUCAUAUUAUGUAAAUAUAUCUGAAGCAAUAAUUAUACAUAACUCCCAUCCAUUUGUAUUCAUCAAAAGUACAUUUUUAUAAAAUUGGUGGUCGUUGUGUAAAUUUGAAAGAUUGUAAGUUUGAAUUUUGUAAAUUUUGUAUAUUUUGUAAAACGUCAGAAGGAAUUAGUCAUUUUGACCUCAUAAUGCAUGACUCAGAUACUUGUAGAGAUUUUUAGGCCCUUUAAUUAAUAAUAUGAUGAAAAAACAGGUUAAGUGUUAUUUUGUAAGAGUUUUCUUUGUUAAGGAGAACUUUAUAGAUUGGAUAUGAAGUUUGAAUAGUGAUUACUUGAAGUUUAUAGUACAAAACCUAAGGAAAAGGGAAAUAAUUGAUGGAGGCAUUUGAAGAGUCAUUGACCAAAUUAAAUGUUUCAUGUUAUAUUAGAUAAGACAUCUCAUAUUUUGUCAAACAAAGAAUUUUUUUUGCUAACCUCCUUUGAUACAUUUUCCAGUGUCUGCUGUUCCUUUUUAUUUAAUAGUUGACAUGUUGUUAUGUUUUAUGAUGUUAUGUUGUGACAAUAAUUUGAUGUAUUUUCAAAGUUAUUGUCUGUUAGAAAUCUUGCCUUUUACAUUUCUUUUAUCAUUGCUGUAAAAAAUAAAGAUAUAUAAAAUAAAAAUCUAUGCAAUUUGCGUAAAACUGCUACCUCAAAUCAUGCAAAAUUAAUUGCGUUAAGUGAUUGGAAAGUUAGCAACUUUGCUCCAUGCUUACUUUUGAAAGUGAAGACUAUAAAGUAUUUCACAAUCUUGAAGAGCAGGUUCUUUGUAGCAUUUGAUUUUUUGUCUUUUAUUCUACAGAGAAAUGUUAUUCAAAUUCUGAAACUAGUAAAAGACGGUGCAGAUGUUAUUUUGCAUAUAUUAUUUACUCUGAAAUGUAUACAACUUAUGAGAAGGAAAUGUAAUUCUAUCGUUGACUUUAGUUUUGGUUACCUUUUUGUUCACAUGUAUUGACACCAGUUAAACCAGUGCCUGUAUUUGAAAGUGCCUUUGAACGUUUAGGACAGAAUAUAUGCAAUUUUUAAAGUUAUGAUUAAAAUAAAAUGCAGGAUAGCUGAGGAAGAGGUUAUGCAAACCAGCAGAAAUAUAUUUUUAUACACGCAAUAGCUACAGAUUGAUUAUUUAAGCAGUACUUUAGAAUCUCAGAGGUUUAUGAUCUCAUGUUUACUCAGCUUGUUUUGUCAGGUGCUAAUGGUUUGUUGUAAUUUAAACAUUGUUACAUACAUGAAAAUAUUAUUAUUUUGAAUGUAUAUUUUGUUUCUGAUGAUUGUAUUGGCUAUUAUAGAGCAUGAUUUCUGAUUGUGUGAAUUUGAUAUGAUUUAAGCCUCAGGAGGUUUAGUAUUACUUAGUCUUAGUAUUAAUUCAUUGGAAAGAUUCUGCUCACUUAGGAAAAAGUGCUCUCUUCAGCUGGGCUACACUGAUAUUUAGCUGGUCAUUUUCGGGGUAUUUUUAUCCGAAGGUUGAAUGUGCAAGAAAAGGGUACAUACUGAAAUAAUAAAUGCAAAGUUGAGGAAUAUUCAUAAGAAUUAUUGGAAGUGAAGGCCUUUCUAUUAAGGGAGGGGGUGGGGCUUGUGUCUCAAAGUAAAAUUCUCUCUCUAGAUAUGAUUUUGGCUCAGUCAUUUAAUGGAUAUUCAAUUUAAACAUUGCCGAGGACAGAUUGAGAGUCUGUUGUAAGUUCAAAAGGGUGCUAAAUCUUUAUUCUCUAACACAGAAUGUAUUCCCUUUGGUUCUCAAUAGACCCAAAAAAUUAAAGGAUCAGGAAUAUUUUGUAAAGAAUUUGAGGUAGAAUUAUGAAAUCCAGUCUGUCAGGUCAGUAAUUAAUUGAAGUUAGGUGAUUUGUUUUUGCUCAAGAUUUGUAUAUUUGAUCCAUUUGUAUGAUCUUUACAUUCAUUUAUUUGGUAUUUAUUUAACUAUAGACAUGAUCAGGCAUCUUUUGACCUGUUUUCGCAUUCUCUCAUACUUGUUGUUGCCAUGCCAAUCUGUAUAUAAUACUGUUCACCAAGAAGGCAAGUUGACUGUAUAUUUUAGGGCAUGAUUUUAUAACAGUUUGAGAAGUGCAUUGAGAUGCUUUGAAUUCUACAACAAUCUUAUUUGUAUGUACCUGUGUUCUAAAUAUAUUUUAUUCUCCUCAUAAUAUCAGCCUAAAGCUGUCCAAACUAGAUUUCUAAAAAGACAAGCAAGUUUAUUUUAAGAAAUUGUUUAAAAUAAUGUGAUUGUAAAGGUAGGCAAGCGAUUAUGAUUAGCGGGAGAGUAUGUAUUUGUUUCAGUUGUUCCCAAUUUGGUGUCCAAUCUCACUGUAUCCUGAUAAUAUUCAUACACUACCUACCAUAUAUGUUAUAUUGUUAAGACAGCUUGAUACAGACAAGUACCAGGUACAGAAAACUAUUGUUGUACCAUCAGCAGUCAUUCAAAAUGUUCUGGUGAUAAUUACUUCUUUUGUCUGCUAAUAGCCAGAAAGGGAUUAAUAUAUAUACCUUUUAUUAGAGAGUCAAUGUCUUCCUGAUUCUAUGUUGAGAUUGUGCAUUUUGCCAUUGCGCAUUGGUGUUACAUCUAAGCUUUACAUGUUGCUGAGCACAUACAUAUAUAAAGCAACAAGAAAUACCUACCUUUUGAGAGUUGGUCAAAAGGGCCUAAAGUAGACUUCAAAGUUGAUACAUUUUGCUUCUAAAUCAUAUUAAUUUGUAUCUACUGAAAUUGAGGUAUAGAUUAUCAUCACAAUUUAAGGCUAUGGAAAAGUUAUUGUUUAUCUUAUAUUAGCAUGCUCUUCCAUCUUUAAUAUAAGUGAGUAGGAGAUACACUAAGAAUAUAUUUGUUAUUGCACUUUGUGUCUGAAACCGUAAACUGGAGCGAAAUAGUAUAUAUUUUAUUGACAACUACUGGGCACUUUUGUAGUAAUUUGAGAUAAAUGUGCUUCACAGAGAAUAUGA